AGGAGCCAGCAGGAAACCGGGCGCGGGCGCGUAAAAAAAGAGAAAAAAGGAGGGAACUGGGACAGAAGGUGGCUCGUCCGUGAGGGAGGUGGACGCGUCACAAGCGCCGGCCGCGCCGAGGCGGAGGGAACACCUCACAGGCACUCUUGGGAAAAGAAAAAGGAACAACUGAGUCCCCAACUUGGCAAGGACGACGGGAGCCGGCGGCCUGGAGCAGCCGCAGCCGCACAGCAGAGAGCCGUCCCCGGUGCCGGGCGAGCGAGGAGAAGGAGGAGGAAGAAGCCACCCUCAGCGGCCGCCCCAGCAUGCUGUCCCCCUUCGCCUGAAGCGGGAUGAGGUGCCGCCUGUGCCACCUGGGCAAAGCGCUGAGGAGGAGGUUCCGCCGCUUGUUGAUCCUCGGGCUGCUGGCCGUGGGGCUCUGGGCCGCCUACUUGGAGCUGGUGGCCCUGGCCGACGGGGGAGAGCACCCCUUGAGCCACCGAUAUGGAAGCUGGGGUGAACUGGCUAAGGCUCUGGGAAAACAGGACAGUCCUAUGAUGGAUCCAAGCCUUCAGUUUUAUCUGCCACAGAAGCCAGAGGUACAAAACCAAGUGCACCAAAGAGGCCGAAGCAACAAUACAGCAUUGAAGAACUCUUCCUCCUGGAAGCCUGAGAUUAAUGGCCAAGUCAACCUCCAUGUCUUUGAGGACUGGUGUGGUGGAUCUAUUGAACAGCUGAGGAAGAACAUCCACUUUCCAUUGUAUCCUCAUACAAGGGCCACUUUGAAGAAACUGGCAGCAUCUCCAGCAUGGACAAACUACGGACUGCGCAUAUUUGGGUAUCUGCAUCCACUCAGUGAUGGUGAAUUUCAGUUUGCCAUUGCUGCUGAUGACAAUGCAGAGUUCUGGUUAAGUCGAAGUGAGAACAUCUCAGACCUCCAACUGCUGGCCAGUGUAGGCAAGACUGGGAAGGAGUGGACAGCACCUGGGGAGUAUGGGAAAUUCAAGAGUCAAAAAUCAAAGCCAGUGAAGCUGUCGGCCACAAAAAAGUACUACUUUGAGGUGCUACACAAGCAAGAUGACAAAGGAACAGAUCAUGUAGAAGUGGCAUGGAAGCGAAAUGAUCCUGAAACCAAGUUUACAAUUAUUGACUCUCAGUUCCUCUCCCUUUAUUUUAAUGAAACUCUUUUGAAAAUGAAUGAGGUUGCUCACGUCCCACAGACAGUAGCUACUCGUAGAAGCCGGAUUCAGAACAAUCGUGGCAAGAUAGAACACCCAGCAGACAUGCUGAAGCCUGAUCCUCGAGACACCAUUUAUAUGUUAAAUAGUGUUCAUUUGUCCUAUGUAUAUCCCAAUGACUACACUCGCCUGAGUUAUAUGGAUUCGUAUAACAAGUGUUUUUACCAAGAAAGUAGCGUUUACCUGGACAGAUUUGGAUUUUCCAAGUACAUGCAAAUGGACCAGCCAGACGGCAGAAACUUAAAUUAUGAGGAAACCAUAAAACUGCCAGGUGAUGAAGAGGAACAUUUUGAUGAUGCUCAGUAUGCAGAUCCAGAAAUAGAAGACACAGUGCCUCCACUAAAUGCUACCAGACUAAGGAUUGAAAGAGGUCCUCUCCAGGCUGCAGAAAAUGUGAAUGCUUAUGAUUAUUCUCUGCAAAAGCAUCGAAAUCUCUUGUCUGUUCCUGGAAAAGAUAUAAAGAGCAAAGAAGCUAACAGACAGAAAAUGACUUCAGUCAGUCAGAGUAAAACGAAUCCAGAAGCAAAUUCACCAAAGAAGAAGCCACCUUUGAAAGGGAGAGUGAAAGAAAACUCGAGAAACUCUCCUCCUUACGACAGGAGUCUCCGUGAGUUACCAGCUACAAAGAGGAAAGCAGAGAAUGAGGUCUUGCACGCUAGGAAAAGGUUUGAAAUGGCUGGGGAACAGAAUCCCAUCAGACGCAGAGACUCAACUGGAGGGAUCUCUCAGGAAACCAGUCCACCUGAAUUAGACUUCAAUACAAAGAGAAACAAGAACCCAUCAUUGAAUACCAAAAAAACAAGAAGGCAAUCUGAAGCACUUGAUGACAGAGCCAGAAAAGCAACCCUCCUGGAAAAUCCCAUUCAUGAAGACCAGUGGUUUAACCAAGUGGAUUCAUAUAUUGCCCGACAUAAGGCAGCAGAUGCUGCAAAUGUCAUUUUGGGAAGGGUUGAUCUGGGUUCCCAGCAGCCUGUUGGGACUGAUUCUGCUCAGCCAACAGUCCAAGAGGAAGAGGAGGAUGAAGAACAGGUGACGGUAGUAGAAGAAGAGGCAGGCGAAGAGGAAGAGGAUUUUGGCUACAUGCCUGUGUUUGAUCAGUUAGUGAACUGGGAGCAGACCUUCAAUGUAAGUCACUUGGACUUCCAUCUGCUGCGAACAGACUGGAUUGACCUGAAUUGCAACACUUCAGGAAAUCUGCUCUUGAGUGAGAAGGAAGCCUUAAAGAUCACUCAAACAUUCCUUAAAAAACUCAACCAGAAGAAUAAAGGCCGGUUCCAGCUGCAGCGCAUCUUGAACAUAGAGAGGCGGAAGGACUACCUAAGGGGCAGCCGUUACCUGCUGGAGCUGGAGCUGUUGGAGUGGGGAAAGCAUCCUGUCCGUUUCUCAGAAUACAUCUUUGCCCGGGGGUGGCAUGGUUCUGGCAGCAACGAGGAGCAGUGGAUGAUGAAGGAGCUAGCGUGGGGACGCAGACGUCACUUGAUGGCCAACAGGGAUGAGCCAGUCCUGUGCUGGCCAUCAGGCUUUUCUUGGAAUCACCGUGCUGUUGUCCACUUCAUUGUGCCAGUGAAAAACCAAGCACGUUGGGUGAUUCAGUUCAUUUCUGACAUGGAAGAGCUGUAUAAGCUUACAAAGGACCCCUAUUUCAAUGUCAUCAUCACAGAUUACAGCAGUGAUGACAUGGACAUAGAAAAGGCUCUGAAAAGAUCCAGUUUGCACAGGUACCAAUACUUGCGACUGACAGGUAAUUUUGAGCGCUCAGCAGGACUGCAAGCUGGGAUAGAUCUAGUGAAGGAUUCACACAGCAUCAUUUUCCUGUGUGAUCUACACAUCCGAUUCCCGGUAGAGAUCAUUGACUCAAUUCGGAAGCACUGUGUUGAAGGGAAAAUGGCCUUUGCACCCAUGGUAAUGAGGCUGAACUGUGGUGCAUCCCCAGAGCAGCCUGACGGCUACUGGGAGGUGAAUGGCUUUGGUCUCCUGGGUAUAUACAAGUCUGAUCUGGUUCGCAUUGGAGGGAUGAACACUAAAGAGUUCCGGGAAAAAUGGGGAGGAGAGGACUGGGAACUCCUGGACAGAAUCAUGCAGGCUGGCCUGGAGGUAGACCGUCUGUCUCUCAGGAACUUCUUCCACCACUUUCACUCCAGGCGGGGUAUGUGGAACCGUCAUCAGCUGAAGAUAUGAUAGGCGUCUGCAGUUCAGAUCCCGCCAUGCACUUUACCAAGGUCUCUCAUCAAGUGUACACUCUCCUGUAGAAAUCGUAGCAUGAGUUCAGAUGAUCACAGAUGUUUGUGUUUAAUAAGAAAAGCGGUCAAACCAUGGAACGCAGACCCUUCCUUUAGAGAUGGAGGCAGAAUCAGGGAGAAAACAACCCUACCUCUUCUACCCACUUUCAAAAGUAUGGACAAAACAGCAUCACCAGCACAAUGUAAGAGUGCUUUUGAGAAGUAUAAAUUUUAUCAUGCAUUUCUUUCCCCAGCCCAAACCCCACAAAGUCUCCUUUUUAUAGUUUUUCUACUCGACUGAAAUGUUUUCCAUGGCUGGUUGUGUCCUUGAAGGAUAGCUCUUCAACCAACAUAAGGCAGAAUAUUCCAGUGAAUGGGUACAAAUGAAAAUGUUCCAGAACUGGAGUACAUAGAACACUGUGUUUGCAGGAGAAUUAUACCCACUCUGGGUUAUUUUUAAUGAUACGUCUUCUUCUUUCUGAAGAUACUUGAACAAAAGGACGUAUUCUGAAUUUCAUGCCUUUGGACCAAAGUCCAUUAGUUCUCCAGUACGGGCUGCAUCGGUAUACCUGUACACAUCCUCAACUAGGACUCCCUGAGGAGCAAAUGGGUUCCUCUUGUCGUUUGAAGCUCAACUCAGGUACAGCAAAAGGAACGUGGGCCUUUACCAAAACUGUUGUGCCUUUCCUUUGUAACUGCCAGCAUCUUCCUUGGAUUAAUCAACAUCCCGUUUCAUUGAAUCAUGGUUAAAUUGACUUGAAACCAAGCUCGGACUUGAGUACAUGGUUGACACAAAUUGAUCCUGACAAUCAUUGGAAUGUGGCUUAGAGAACAAAGAGAAUCAGAAAUAUGGACAUGAGACCAAACCUUUCUUUCUUGAAACUGAUGUGUAGCCCUGCACUUGAGAGAUUCAAACACCAAGCAGUCUUAGACAGGUAGAGUAAAAUGUCGAUACCAUAGAAUUCAAAGUUUUUAUAUGCUUUUUCCUAUUUAUUGUACAGUUUCAGUGUUGGUUGGUUUGCAUUCUUAUUUUAAUGUGUUGUAAACCACCCUAAGGAAAAAGUCAUUUUGAAGGGCACGAUAUCAUUUUUUGUACAAUAAUUAAUUUAUGAUUUAUUAUUCUCUGGUAAUUGAUUGUGCAUGAAGAAUAGGCAUCCUUGUGUCUUUGAAGCAUACAGAGGGGAUUGAAGUUUUAGAAGGACCAGAAAGGAUACUUUCUUCAUACGAAUUGACGUGAGAUUUGGGCAUGACACACUCAGGAAAUAUAUAAGGAAAAUAAACUAUGGAUCUGCACCAGAUCCUUGCCUAAUAUAGAUAUAGAUUUGUGUAUAGUUGAGGAGUUGUGAGUAUGACAGAGUAUGUGUAAAUGAGAGAGAGAGAGAGAGUAAGAGAGUUUACCCAUAGGUUUGCAUUUUUGCCUUAAGACAAACUGUGGGAUAUUUUAUGUUACUCAAGAAUCAGACUCUGCCACACUGCUCCAUCAUCCAAUUAUGAUCUUAGAUGAUAACUCCAAAUCCUUCCACUUGUAGAUCUUGAAGACUCAUAUACUGUGCACUUAGUGACAAGAUGCAGCCCAGAGGAACCAGCAGUGUGUUAUAUGGGAAUCUGGUCCCCAGCUAUGUGAGGGAGGAAGACAUAUUUGAGCUCAAUUUAUCCAUGCUCUGGAAAAUGCUAGUAUCUUAGCUGGGAGACAGCACUAUAUUUAGCCAUCAUGAUAUGAAGUUAUUUGGUAUAAGUUCAGAAUUUCCAGGAAAUCAUCUACAAUUGAAAUAUAAUGAAAUAAG